CCCUCCCCCCGCGCCCCCGGGGAGGGCGGGAGGGAGGAGGCGGCGCCUGCGUGCUCCUCCGCCGCGCGCCCCGCCUCCUCCCGGGCCCCUCGCGGCCGUCCAGACGCUCAUCCGCGGCUGCAGCAGCUGCCGCUUGCACACGGCCUGGGCGGCGGGCGCGGCGGGCGCGGGCCCCGGGCGGGCACCCCUCGGAGGGCGGCCGAGGAAGCUCCGGGAGGAGGCGGAAAAAGAAAAGGAGGAGGAGGAGGAAGGCGGCGGCGGCCGCCGGGGAACCCGCUCCGCGCCUCGGCCUCUCCGCCCCCUCCCCAGCCUUCCCGUCGCCCUCUUUCCUCACACGCCGGGCCGGCGCCUCGGCUUUGUGAGGGGAGAUGGUGUAGCCGCCCGGCCGCCGAAGGAGGAGCCGGACACUUGUCGCCCGUCUCCGAGCUGCGGCCCCGCCCCUGAGGAGAGAAGACCCCAGGAGGGCUCGGCGUCUCCGGCUGCCGGGGAAGCCUCGGCGCGGCCGGCACCAUGAGUGAACAGAGUAUCUGUCAGGCAAGAGCUGCUGUGAUGGUUUAUGAUGAUGCCAAUAAGAAGUGGGUGCCUGCUGGUGGCUCAACUGGGUUCAGCAGAGUUCAUAUAUAUCACCAUACAGGCAACAACACAUUCAGAGUGGUGGGCAGGAAGAUUCAGGACCAUCAGGUCGUGAUAAAUUGUGCCAUUCCUAAAGGGUUGAAGUACAAUCAAGCUACACAGACCUUCCACCAAUGGCGAGAUGCUAGACAGGUGUAUGGUCUCAACUUUGGCAGCAAAGAGGAUGCCAAUGUCUUCGCAAGUGCCAUGAUGCAUGCCUUAGAAGUGUUAAAUUCACAGGAAACAGGGCCAACAUUGCCUAGACAAAAUUCACAACUACCUGCCCAAGUUCAAAAUGGCCCAUCCCAAGAAGAAUUGGAAAUUCAAAGAAGGCAACUACAAGAACAGCAACGACAAAAGGAGCUGGAGCGGGAAAGGCUGGAGAGAGAAAGAAUGGAAAGAGAAAGGUUGGAGAGAGAGAGGUUAGAAAGGGAACGGCUGGAACAGGAGCAGCUGGAGCGAGAGAGACAAGAAAGGGAAAGGCAGGAACGCCUGGAGCGGGAGCGGCAGGAGAGGGAGCGACAAGAGCAGCUGGAGAGGGAGCAGCUGGAAUGGGAGAGAGAGCGCAGAGUAUCAAACGCUGCUCCAUCUUCAGACAGCUCCCUGUAUAGCGCUCCACUUCCAGAGUAUUCCAGUUGCCAGCCUCCUUCAGCACCUCCUCCUUCAUACGCUAAAGUCAUCUCAGCUCCGGUGUCAGAGGCCACUCCUGAUUAUGCUCUAGUGACUGCUUUGCCACCUACUUCCACACCCCCUACACCACCACUGCGACACUCAGCGACACGUUUUGCAACAUCUUUAGGUUCAGCCUUCCACCCCGUUCUUCCCCAUUAUGCUACAGUUCCUCGUCCUCCGAACAAAAACUCUCAGCCUUCUUCUCCUGUGAACACACCCUCUUCUCAGCCUCCAGCUACGAAGCCCUGUGCCUGGUCUACUUCCAAUUUCUCGCCCCUCCCUCCGUCUCCUCCAAUAAUGAUUAGCAGCCCCCCAGGCAAAGCUACUGGUCCAAGGCCUGUCCUCCCUGUUUGUGUUUCUUCUCCUGUGCCCCAAAUGCCCCCGUCACCGACGGCACCCAGUGGGCUGCUCGACUCUGUAGCAUAUCCAGUGUCUCCACCGCCUACCUCAGGGCCAGCACCUCCGCCGCCGCCUCCUCCACUGCCUUCCCUCGUACCCCUCUCACACUGUGGACCUCAGGCUUCUCCUCCUCCAGGCACCCCUAUUGCCUCAACUCCCUCAUCCAAGCCUAGUGUUCUCCCUUCUCCCUCUGCAGCUGCCCCUGCCUCUGUUGAGACUCCUCUAAACUCUGUGCUGGGAGACUCCUCUGCUUCUGAGCCAGGCUUGCAGGCAGCCUCUCAGUCGGCCGAGACUCCAGCCCAGCAGGGCACUGUCUUGGGAUCACCUGCACCUCCACCCCCUCCACCACUCCCACCAGGUCCUAUCCAGGCUUCAGUAGCACUCCCUCCUCCCCCAGGACCCCCUCCACCACCUCCACUUCCAUCAUCUGGGCCUCCACUGCUGCCUCCACCCCCUCUUCCUAAUCAAGUACCCUCUCUUCCUCCACCACCUCCGGCCCCUCCACUCCCUGCAUCCGGAUUUUUUUUGGGAUCCAUGUCGGAAGACAAUCGCCCUUUAACUGGACUUGCAGCUGCAAUUGCUGGAGCAAAACUUAGGAAAGUGUCACGGAUGGAGGAUGCCCCUUUUCCAAGUGGAGGGAAUACCAUUGGUGUGAACUCGGCCUCAUCUAAAACAGAUACGGGUCGUGGAAAUGGACCCCUUCCUUUAGGGGGUAGUGGUUUAAUGGAAGAAAUGAGUGCCCUGCUGGCCAGGAGGAGAAGAAUUGCUGAAAAGGGAUCAACUAUAGAAACAGAACAGAAAGAGGACAAAAGUGAAGAUUCAGAGCCUGUAACUUGUAAGGCCUCUUCAACAAGUAUACCUGAACCAACAAGAAAACCUUGGGAAAGAGCAAAUGCAAUGAAUGGCAGCAAGUCACCUGUUAUCUCCAGACGGGAUUCUGCAAGGAAAAAUCAGAUUGUUUUUGACAACAGGUCCUAUGAUUCAUUACACAGACCAAAAUCCACACCCUCAUCACAGCCCAGUGCCAAUGGAGUCCAGACAGAAGGACUCGAUUACGACAGGCUGAAGCAGGACAUUUUAGAUGAAAUGAGAAAAGAAUUAACAAAACUAAAAGAAGAGCUCAUCGAUGCAAUCAGGCAGGAACUGAGCAAGUCAAAUACUGCAUAGAGAAACAAACGAAGGAGAGAUUGGACUUUAAUCUGGAGAAGAAAAAAAAAUUUCUACCAACCACAGCUGUUAACAACAAACCCCUGCAUUUUGUGAGCCGUGAGAAGACGGCGGAGACAGACACUCAGAAGGAAGGAAAGAGCAGUGCACUCUGGAAGCUUCAGACGCCCGACUCUGGCGACGGGCUGUUUUCCUCCUAGUCUGCUGCUUUUUACUGACCUUUAUACAGGAUGGAAAAGAGUCGUAUAAGAGUUCCUAUAACCGUUAUGCAGAAAUACUAAGCCCAUCAGGCAAGAGUAAUGCUCACUGAGAUAUUUUCAUGUCAAGAUAAAAUCGCACAUUUUCCACAAUCCAUUGCUAAAAUAAAGAGGAGAAAGGCUUAUGAAGUUUUCUUUCAGAGUGCCGAUGAAGAAUUUAGCACGUUACUAUUGUAUUGUAAAUGUUGCUCUCAGGUUUGUCUUCCUAUCAUAUUUGAUAUUCCAUGAAUAAUUGAGAUCAGCCCUGUGUAGGUUAAGAUCAUACAAUGUGGAACAAAUGGAAGUGUGUGGGUUUUCAAAGGGUGAUGUUUAUAAGAAAGUGUCCUAAAAAUGAUUUGUCCAGCUUGAGGAAUUUUAGAAUGAUAGGAAGUCUUUCAAGUUAGCCUUCAUGCAAUUUUGUAGAUUAAAACAUAAAAUUUGUCCAGAAUUUAAAGAUUUAGAUGCCUUCCUAAAUUGGUACAAUGCUUUACCAAAUCUAUGACUUCUACAUAACACAAACCAGUGGUCAAAUGUAAAACAAUAUAUUGUAGGUUUACUGUAGGUUUUCAAUCUUUUUUAGAUUUAUGCAUGUGGACAUUUUUAUAAUGUGAUUACAACCACCACAAAGUUAGCUUUUUAAAUCACAGACAGUGAUGCAUGUCACACAGUACGUAGUGGCCUUUUCAAGGCCUAGUCCCAGGGAGAACAUUUUGUAGAGUAUUAGGGGAGUGGGAGGACGGGAAGGAAUAAUUUUUUUAUUUAAAGUUAAUUUCUGCACUAUUUUUUUUCUCAAUUACCUGCAUGAGUAAAAAUGAGGAAUAUUUUGUGACUUUAAUUGGUAAAUAUGUUAACAAAACAAAGUACUUAAUCUUUUACAUCAUGUCUUCAGCUAUUUGUAUCUUAACUGGUAAUUUCAAUGGUCUGAAACAUGAUUCUGAGCUUCACGUGAGUUAUAUCUUAUUGUGGAACUCAAAAGUUUGAUCACUGAAUUUGGCAGUUAUUAUUACCGUGGUACCCCUGCAGUUACAGGUGUUCAGGUACAUACAUGUUCCUGACUAUGAAGCUGCUUUUGAAUUUUGUUAUGUUGAAAUACAAGGAGUAACGGUGAUGGCAGCAGUUAAGGUCCCAGAAGUCCCAACGAGGAGUUCUGCAGUUUUCUCUUAAUAAAGUGGGACUUAGAGGGUGGAGAGAAGGAACUAGAUAUUGUACUUACCACCUUGUGUGUCUGUGUGUGAGAGUGUGUGUGUAAUCCACUCCCUCUUCCUUUCUUUGAAACUGGUAAGAUUAGACAAUAGGGGAGAAAUUCUACAUGUUGCAAUGAUAGCUUUUUGGAAAAUUUAGGAAUUCUCCAGGCUCCAUCUUGAAUUAUGCUUGAGUUGCUAUGUGCCAUAUUUGCUUUGAAAUUUUUGAUUAUCAGAAGUUUCACUAAAAUUGUGAAGAAAUAAUUCACUUUCAUCUGCUUUCUAGAUUUCAUUUAUCUCAGUUCAUAAGACAAAGCUCGCUGAUAGCAUAGUUUUCUAAAUACCGCAAACUAGCAGCCAUUACCACUACAAAGAAGUUUGAAUGAGGGGAUUUAUUUUCCUUGUUAAAAUAGUUCCUGUCUCUGUAGAAACUUCAUUUUUAGAUUAAACUGUGAUGGAUGAGCUAUCAUAAUUCAAGUACACAGUUCUUUCUUCUGUCAGGUGUUCAUUGUCAUGCAAUAUAGUAAGUAGUAAAGGCAUUUAAGGCGCAACAAGGUUAUAAAGUACUAUUUUCUAAAGAAAUAGGAGGCAUUUUCAUCCUUAUUAUUGUUCUUUUGGUUAUACAAACAGUUUGACAAUGUAAAUGUUUAUGUCCCCUACAUGUCUGUUAAGAAAUCACUUUUGAUUUUGUUGGGUAAGUUAAAUAGUCUAUAAUAGGUAGAGUACUGGGUACAAAAGGUCCAAAGUAAGAUAAAAGACUAAAAUAAAAUGCUAAAUCUUAAACUGGUUUAUGCACUAAACGUUUUGUGCCUUGGUCUAAUAUUAAAAUGAUGUCUGUGUAAACUGACAAAAAAGAACCAGUGUUGAAUCAUGCUAUAUUUUCUAUCAUUUUGCAUUAUCUCGGAUUGCUAAAUGUGUUCUUUCCAAGUUUGAUCAAAAUUACAGUAUACAUUUUUUGCUGUCAUUAAUGACAGUUGUGUCGUUGUUAGAGAUUUCAGUAAUUAAAAUGGGAAACAGAAGCUUAAGUUAUUUUCCUUAUGAAAACUAUGUUCCUUGGACCCCCAUUAUUCUGAUGGUUUUUGUGCUCUUGUACAUUGGAUGUCUUAAGCUGAGUACAGUUUAGGGGAUCCUUUCUAACUACGGGAAGGUACUGCUUUCCUCAACACUGUGAUCUGACCUAUGACAAAUCUGUACUAUACACUAUGUAAAUGGCUAACAAGUCAAUUGCAAGCAAACUGAAUGUACAAACCUCAGUGCUGGUGCUGAAAUCUCUUCAGAAUAGUCAUCAUGAUUUAAAAGUCUGUUUAAAAUCUUGCAAGCAUCAAGUGUCAAUCAAAACUGAAGAUGAAACACUCAUGAAUGUUGAAUUCUCAUGCUUUAGGUGUAUUUCCUUUUUAGGUUUUUCACUUCUCUGCUCUUUUUACCGUAACUUUCAUUUAAAUUUCCUACACACUAAAACUUUGUUUGUGAGAUUGAAAUAAAAUUACAGUAUAUACAUGUUGCUUGUUUGUGACACUUAGAUAAUCUUUUGAAAUAAUUUGUUAGUUCUAAAAUAAGUUAUAUUGGAUGUGAAAAACAUCUUUUAAAGUUCAAGAUUUCAAGACUUAAAGUUUACAUGUCACAUCACUAUUCUUUAAGGAGUUCAUAAACGUCAUGAAUACUAAGUAAUGUAUACAAAGGGAAUAUAUGAUAAUGUAUCUACUUUUUGUUUGGAAUAACUGUUGGGUAUUCUCUGGUCUUAUUUUCUUUUGGCCCAGCAUGACACAGGUCGUACUCUUACAGUCAAGAUGAUGAUAAAUAUUUGAUUUGAUUCCAUUUUGUCUACAACUUGGUCAAAUACUUAAACUCAUUUAUGCAGUUAAAAUUUUCCUUUAUAUAGUUUGCAGAGUAAAGGACAUUGUAUGGUAAACGGCAUUAUCAAGUAAUGAAAUUUUAAUAUGGUAAAAUCUGUAUUUAUAGUAUUUAUCCAUUAUGCUGAUUUCUUAAAACCUGUUCUACAUAUUAAGCAGCAGUAAGUACUUUUUAAUCUGACUAUAAUAAGGUAUUAAUUUUGAGUUCCAUUUUAAAAUUCUAAUAUCUUCAUUAGAAAUACAAUAAUCAUGUUUUGUUUUGUUUUUUUGUUUUACCAGACCUCAAUAUUCCUCUUUCCCCCCCCCUGUUAUCCUCUCCACUACCUGUGGAAACUGUGUUCCUGUCACUCAUUAACAUUUGUAACCAUUACGGAGUCCAUGGUUUUAAAGAUACCAGCUGAUUUUUCUCUCUA